UGGAAGAGUGAAAGGGGUAGGUGAUGGAGCAGGGAAUGCGUGGGGCAACUGCAAAGUUUAAACGCAGAAGAGCAGAGUGUUUCUGUGUUAGAGCUGUGGAAAACUUAUAUUAUGGAUAUGUUGGGGGACAUUCCCUUAUAUCACCAACCAUUGCCUUUAUAGAUAGCAGUCAUGUUUUCCAAAUUGCUUUUGCUUGCUUUUCUUUUAGCAAUUAUCGGCUGCCAGGCCAGAAAGCUUGGGGGGUCUCAUGACCACAAGGAAGUUUUUCACCACUUGCAUGUCUAUGGGGGUGCUGCUGGCUCCGCCGGCGGCAUAGGUGGCGGUGGAGGGAACGGUGCUUAUGGGAGUGGGGGUGGAAUUGGAAAUGGCCAUGGAGGAGUUGGAGGUGGGAUAGGGGGUGGAAAUGGAGGAUUUGGGGGCGGGAACGGAGGAUAUGCAGGUGGAAGUGGUGGUGGUAAUGGGAACGGAGGAUUUAAUGGUGGAAAUGGAGGAUUUGGUGGUAGCGGUAGUGGAGGAAAUGGAGGUGGUGGUGGAGUAGGAAGUGGAGGUGGUGGAGGAAAUGGAGGUGGUGGAGGAAAUGGAGGUGGUGGUGGAGGAAAUGGAGGUGGGGGUAGAGUAGGCAAUGGCGGUGGCGGAGGAAAUGGAGGUGGGGUUGGAGUCGGCAAUGGCGGUGGUGGAGGGAAUGGAGGUGGUGGUGGAGUGGGCACUGGCGGUGGUGUAGGGAAUGGAGGUGGUGGUGGAGGAAAUGGAGGUGGUGGUGGAGCAGGCAAUGGGGGUGGUGGAGGAAAUGGAGGUGGUGGUGGAGCAGGCAUUGUCGGUGGUGGUGGAGCAGGCACUGGCGGUGGUGGAGGAAAUGGAGGUGGUGGUGGAGUAGGCAAUGGCGGUGGUGGAGGAAAUGGAGGUGGUGGUGGAGUAGGCACUGGCGUUGGUGUAGGAAAUGGAGGGGGUGGUGGAGGAAAUGGAGGUGGUGGUGGAGUGGGCGCUGGCGGUGGUGGAGGAUAUGGAGGUGGUGGUGGAGUAGGCGGUAGCAGUGGUGGUGGAGUAGGCAAUGGCGGUGGUGUAGGAAAUGGAAGCGGUGGUGGGAUAGGCAAAGGCGGAUAUGGAAGAGACAUGGUGGAUAAAAUGAGUGCUGCUGUUCCUAAGUUUUUGUACUUGGUUCUACUUCUGUGGGGCACUUUUUGUGCUUCGAUGAGUGGUGUUACUCGUGGCAUGUAUGUUGAUGGUAGAAAUUAUGCUGAUAAUUAUUGCUCGUAUACAAGUUGGAGGGGUUGCGGCAGUUUCUUUGGAAAAGGUGGUAGCGAUUCUAAGAACGAUGAAGAAAAUGUACAAGUUGGUAGGGGUUACGGACUAGGUGGAGGUGGUGGUGGUGGAGGAGGAGAGGGUGGAGGUGUUGGUGAAAAUGGUGUGGGCUAUGGUCAUGGUAGUGGAUUUGGUGUUGGGGUAAGCGUUGGGCAUGAUGGAGAAGGAGGUGGAGGCGGAGGCGGUGGCGGUGGCUCAAGUCAUGGUGGAAUAGGUCAAGGUAGAGGGUUUGGUGCUGGCUUUGGUGUAGGCGGGGCUAAUAGAGGACAGGGGGGUGGGGGAGGAGGAGGUGGUGGUGAAGGUGAAGGAGUUGGAAAUGAAGGACAAGGACGUGGUAGUGGUUUUGGCUCAGGUGGGGGAGUAGGAGGCAUAGGAGGAGGUGGAGGUGGAGGUGGUGGCGGUGGUGGUGAAGGUGGAGGUAUUGGCAACCGAGGAGAAGGUCAUGGUAGUGGUUUUGGUGAAGGGGGAGGAAUGGGAAACACGGGAGGGGGAGGUGGAGGUGGAGGUGGGGGAGGUGGAGGUGAAGGUGGAGGAGUUGGCAACAAAGGGCAAGGUUAUGGCAAUGGCUUUGGUGCAGGUGGAGCAAUGGGCAGCAUAGGAGGAGGUGGAGGUGGAGGUGGAGGUGGAGGUGGAGGUGGAGGUGAAGGUGGGGGAGCUGGCAAUGAAGGACAUGGUCACGGCAGUGGUUAUGGGUCAGGUGGAGGAGUGGGAGGCACAGGAAGAGGUAGUGGUGGUGGCGGAGGUGGAGGUGAAGGUGGAGGAGUUGGCAAUGGAGGGCAAGGUCAUGGUAGUGGUUUUGGUGAAGGUGGAGGAAUAGGAGGCAUAGGAGGAGGUGGCGGAGGAGGCGGGGGAGGUGGUGGUGGAGGUGAUAGUUUUGGUAAUGAAGGAGAAGGUCAUGGUAGUGGUUUUGGUGGAGGUGCAGGUGUGGGAGCAGCUGGCAUGGGUGAAGGUAGUGGUGGGGGUGGAGGGGGAGGAGGAGGAGGUGGUGAUGGUGGUGGAAAUGGAGGUGAAGGCUAUGGAAGUGGCUUUGGCGCAGGUGUUGGUGGUGGUGUGAGUGGUAUGGGAGGAGGUGGUGGUGGUGGUGGUGGAAAUGGAGGUGGAUAUGGCAGUGAAGGGGAAGGUCAUGGGUAUGGUAGUGGCUACGGUGGAGGUACAGGGAAUGGCGGCAUGGGUGGAGGAGGAGGAGGAGGAGAGGGAGGGGGAAGUGGUGGUGGAAGUGGAGGCAGAGAAGGAGAUUAUAAGAAAGGUUCUUCAAGCAACGAUCAUGGUGAUAACAAUGGCUUUGGAAUUGGAUUUGGCAUGGGUAUGGGGUUUGGUUUCGGUAUGGGAACAAGCGGAUCAAAGUUCACCACCCAACAACGUAACGUCAACCAUCCCUAGGAACUCCAAAAUUUAUCAAUGCCCUUCACGCUCAUAUUUUCAUGCUUCAAACCAACCAUAUUCACAACUAUUUCUUAUUGUAUCUUAACCACCCUCAUUCAAAAGACUAUUCAUGAGUAUGUCAUCAAAUAUCACUCCUUUUCGUAUAAAAUGCAUCAAUCACAAUUAGUAAUGGAAAAUAAUUAAAUAAUAUUUAUUAUUUCAAAAUUUUCAAUUGCUUUUUUUACUCAUCUAAAAAUAUAUUAUGUGUGUUACAUGAUAGAUAGUUGUUUGUGGUUCUUACUUUUUCAAGGCCUGUUCUUUCAAUGCUAUACAUUUUUAUAUUUUUGUUCCUUUUUUGUAUUUUUUUAUAUACCCAAUCACUCUCAAUGAUUUCUUCUUUUUAUUAGAUCACAUAUCAUGUGACUCACGU